AUGCCUCCACCGAUCCGAAGGACCAUCACUUUGAUGCGCGCAGAAUCGACCUUGUCGUCUUCAACACCCUUGGAGACAGUAGCUAGUUCGAGCAGCCAAGCUUGCGGGAAAAUGGAGCCCGCUGGAUCCAGGAAGACAGGACGCUCACUCGAGCCGGCGCCACACUCUCCAACACCUGUGCAAACAGUAGCUACUUCGAGCAGCCAAGCUUGCGAAAAGGUCGAGCCUGCGGGACCAAGAGAGACAGAACCCUCACCCGAGCCGCCGUCAUCACAAUCAGUGUCGGUCAAUGCAGCCGGAGCAGCAAAUACGGAGCAGUCGAAGCGCAUAGUGCCGUCAAUGUUUGGGAAAGCCUCGCUCUCUGGCUCGACACUGAGAAGGCGGCUCAAACCAUCUCCUCACAAUGAGACGAGAGGCAGCCGCGUAUCGCCGACUGGCAUCAAGCCCUCCAGGUGGGAAACAUCCUCAGCCCGCACAGCUGCACCAAGCAUACCAGAGAGUAUCUAUGGAGUCGUACCUCGCGCGGCCAGGAGCACUGAUGCCGACAGCAGCGGUUUGGGGAGCUCUUCUGAGUCGGCAGCGAAGCAUACGCCAUUCACCACAACAUGGGAGUCAGUCCAGCCGACGCGACCUGUCGUCCACAGCAUCUCGCACAACGAGGAAGUCGGCUUACCAGAUCCACCCGUCUGGCUGGUGUACCUUGUCUGUGGAUGCAUGGCUGCUGGAUUCAUGUCCGCGAUACUGCUCUACCUUGUAAACUUCCCAACGUCGCGGUGUUGGCUCAGGGAGUCGUCGAAGACGGAAAAGUACGAGUACUACGAAUUGAAAGAUCUCGAUUCUGGACCCGACCGGGAGAAGGACCUCAGGAGAGCAAAGACCCCUACCACUGGCUUCUCUACUGCAGCUCGCAGUCCGACCCGGAACACUGUCCGGCACCGGCCAAGGAAAGCUGGCCCUGAGUCCAUGAGUGGUGGACUUGGGAUAUCGCUGCCAGAGCAGGCGGGCAGUGUGCCAUCUUUCCGCAGACAUAAAUCGUUCGACGAAGGAGCCGCAUUCAAGCUAUACAAACCUCUUCCUGACCUGCCAGACAGCCCUGCUGCGAGCGGCUGGCGAUCCAUCUCGGAUCCUACGCCAGGCGUUAAGUUCAUGCUCUCUCCAUUACUUGAAAGACGCUCCGAGCACGACAUCCUAUACGAGCUGCGCGACCGCGAACCAGACGUCGAGAGCGGCCUUCUCAAACCAUCAACAUCACCAUCCCGAUCAGCCAGUCCUAGCUCGUCAAGCAGCAGCAUUAGCAGCCGUUCGUCAUCCUCCAGUAGACUCUCUGGAAGUGGCUUCCUGACGAAGAUAGGGGAUGGUGUGGAAUAUGCAGCGGAUAAGUUUGCGAAGCUUUUGGAUUACCAGAUUCGCGGAGAUGCGGAGGAAGGCUUAUUUUUACCUGUGAGGGAUUAUGAGAGGCCGAAGAGAAUGGGGAAUGGAAAGUUGAAGAAAGCUCGUUGA